GAGACAACGUGGGCGGCGUACGUGAGGAAGAAGAAGGAUAUGAUACCUCAGGGCAGGGCCUGCAGAGAUUGUAUGCAAUUGUUGCUUGAUGUCUGGCCAGGCGUUUCAUGGGAGGAUCACGCCACGAAGUACACUGCGAACAUCGAUGACCACAAAACGAAGGUCGACAUGGCGAAGGAGAUCAAGCUGAAGAAGAUUGAGGCUCCGUUCAACCAGGCAGAGGUCAGAUCGACCGAAACUGUGGGUUCCUACUUGUACUGGGAUGGCAUUGUCUUGGACUCGGAUCAAUUCACAAAAAAGUUCUUGCAUACCCACGAAGGCAUCCCGGAUGUAAUGGAGAUCUCGCUCAACAGAAAUUUGGACGGCACAGAAGAAAAAGCAUUCGUAUUCCAAGACCCCGACCAACCCUACCGCAAGAUUCGCUUCUUCAGUCAGUGCGAUUUGUCGAAGAGUAUUGGGUUGUUGCCAGCAGAGAAGCACUUGGUGGAUGGCCAAGCACGGGCCAAGUUCGAUUCGCAGAUGAAGCUAGAUGUUGGAGCUCGGAUCCAGCAGCUCCGAGGAAAUCAAUUCGCCAACCUCCCGACGCUGCAGGCGAUCGAGGAGAACGUCCGCAAGGUCAAGGUGGAUGAGGAUUCGAAGAAGAACAAAGACCUCGAGCAGAUGAAACAAUGGGAAGAGAGGAGGCGAGAGAAGAAAGCUGCCGGAGAAGAGCUUGAUGACAUCGGCAAAGAACUAUUUGAAUCGUCCUCCGAGGCCAGCGACGAAGGGCAAGUAGUCACCACGACACAUGUUCCAAAGGAGCAGGGCAAUGCCAAGACGCUCGCAGGCAAGUCUAAGAAAGGUGCAUCGUCGGGAGCGGCCGCAGCGAGGGCUUCAGUUGCUGGCUCCGUGGCUGGCGACCUCGGCGGCAUCGAGGAGUUGGAGAUCAAAAGCGGGGGCCUGAGUGGAAGCAAGACGGUCGUGUCGAUGAACACCGCCAGAUCGCCUGCCAAGGGAGACGCCCCAUCGGAUCCGAAGGGCGCGGUCGAGCAUUGGAUGAAUCGCGUGGACAUUGAUGACAUUCUCAGGACUGGCGCGAAGCUUGGGAAGGACAUCUUCCAGGCUGGCAAGAAGGCAAUGCAGGAGCACCCGAAGGCUGGUCGCAGCGCAGAGAGGCAUUGCAGAGUCGCAAGGCUGGCCGUCAAUUUAACCAAAGAGCACUUGCCCAAAAUGAAAGUGGCUGAGCUGAAGCAGCACCUGAAGGAGUUGAUAUCCUACAAGAUCGUGCUCCCGCAGUCGCACCAGCUGCUAGUUUGCGCGACGAAGGAAAACGAGUUGCGCCAGUCACCAUCCUUCGCUGGAUUUGCUGAGAACAGCGAUUUCUUUGAACUCUUACGCCUAGACGGUAUUACCAGCACGGGCGGCAGCUCAG